AUGUCGACUUCGUUCUACAUUGCUCCGAUCGCGUUCUUUGUCAUAUUCCUGCUUCUAUUGGUGUGCCUGAUUGCCAGCCGCCGACCUACUGUUGUCUACCAACCACAAUAUGUGGUGACACCACCAUCAUCACCCGCAUAUGUCCGGCCUUCUGGCAAAGCCACGUCCACAACGCAGGAUGCUCCGCCGCCAUACUCCGCCGGAUGA